CCCAGAGUCUGGACGGGAGCGAAGAAACGGGAGGGGGGCUGUGGCAUCGCAGUCCCGCGAGAGCAGCGGCCCUCCCUUUCGUAUGCAUGCCCCAGCGCUUCUUCCUCCGCGGACCCCUUCUCAAACGCCGGAGAAGAAAGGGUGGGACCCGCGCAGGUCCGGGAGUGAGGCAGGUCCCUACAGGACCCGGGCCCCGAGAAGUGGGUGGUGGCCGGAGGGCGGAGACGGGGCGGGGCUCGCGGAGACACCAAAGGGCGCCCCCGGCUCUCCGCAUCAGAUCCUGGCUCCAGAGUGCCUCCGGGCGUCGGGCAAGAUGGCUGCGCGCGGGCUGGGUCGCAGCUUGGGGAGACUCCUGGGCAGCCUGAGCUGGCGCUCGGGUCAGCCCGUGAGGCCGCUACGCGGGGUGAGCGCCCCCGCCGCAGCCGCAGCGCAGCCCGGCUCAUACCAGACACAGAUCGCACAGGCGGCCCGAGAGCCCGCCGCUUUCUGGGGGCAGCUGGCGCGGGACAUGCUCGUGUGGGACAUCCCCUAUCACACCGUCUGGGAUUGUGACUUCAGCAGCGGCAAGAUCGGCUGGUUCCUGGGAGGCCAGUUAAACGUGUCUGUCAACUGCUUGGAUCAGCAUGUUCGGAAGUCCCCAGAGAGCGUCGCUUUGAUCUGGGAGCGGGACGAGCCUGGAACUGAAGUGAGGAUCACCUACAGGGAACUGCUGGAGACCACGUGCCGCUUGGCCAACACGCUGAAGAGACAUGGAAUCCGUCGAGGGGACCGUGUGGCAAUCUACAUGCCUGUUUCACCACUGGCUGUGGCUGCAAUGCUGGCCUGUGCCAGGGUUGGAGCUGUCCACACGGUUGUCUUUGCUGGCUUCAGUGCAGAGUCCCUGGCUGGGAGGAUCAAUGAUGCUAAGUGCAAGGUGGUCAUCACCUUCAACCAAGGACUCCGGGGAGGACGCGUGGUGGAGCUGAAGAAGAUAGUAGAUGAAGCUGUGAAGCACUGCCCGACCAUCCAACAUGUCCUGGUGGCUCACAGGACGGACAACAAGGUCCACAUGGGGCGUCUGGACAUCCCCCUCGAGCAGGAAAUGGCCAAGGAGGACACUGUUUGUGCUCCAGAGAGCAUGAGCAGUGAGGACAUGCUCUUCCUGCUCUACACCUCGGGGAGCACCGGAACACCCAAGGGACUCGUCCACACGCAGGCGGGCUACCUGCUGUAUGCCGCUGUGACGCACAGGCUUGUGUUUGACUACCGGCCAGGCGAUGUUUUUGGCUGUGUGGCCGACAUUGGCUGGAUCACAGGACACAGCUAUGUGGUGUAUGGACCCCUCUGCAAUGGAGCGACCACUGUCCUUUUUGAGAGCACCCCAGUUUACCCUGAUGCUGGUCGAUAUUGGGAGACAGUGCAGAGGUUAAAGAUCAAUCAGUUCUAUGGGGCCCCGACGGCUGUCCGGCUAUUGUUGAAAUAUGGUGACUCCUGGGUGAAGAAGUACGACCGCUCCUCCUUGCGGACUCUGGGGUCAGUGGGAGAACCAAUCAACUAUGAGGCCUGGGAGUGGCUCCACAAGGUGGUGGGGGACUGCAGAUGCACGCUGGUGGACACCUGGUGGCAAACAGAAACGGGUGGCAUCUGCAUCGCCCCACGCCCCUCGGAAGAAGGAGCAGAAAUCCUCCCUGGCAUGGCUAUGAGACCCUUUUAUGGCAUUGUCCCAAUUCUCAUGGAUGAGAAGGGAAACGUUGUGGAGGGCGGUGAUGUCUCUGGGGCUCUGUGCCUGUCCCAGGCCUGGCCGGGCAUGGCCAGGACCAUCUAUGGAGACCACCAGAGAUUCCUGGAGGCCUACUUCAAGCCUUACCCAGGCUACUACUUCACUGGAGAUGGGGCUUACCGGACCAAGGGCGGCUACUACCAGAUCACAGGGCGGAUGGAUGACGUCAUCAACAUCAGUGGCCACAGGCUGGGGACUGCUGAGAUCGAGGACUCGAUGGCUAGCCACCCCGCUGUGGCAGAGACUGCUGUCAUUGGCUACCCCCAUGACAUCAAAGGAGAAGCUGCAUUUGCCUUUAUUGUGUUGAAGGACAAUGCAGGUGACCCAGAUUUGGUGGUGAAGGAGGUCAGGUCAGCAGUGGCCAACAAGAUUGCCAAGUAUGCGGUGCCUGAUCAGAUUCUGGUUGUGAAGCGUCUUCCAAAAACUCGGUCUGGAAAAGUCAUGCGGAGGCUCCUGAGGAAGAUAAUUACAGGAAGAGUUCAGGAUCUGGGAGAUACCACCACCUUGGAGGACCCCCAUGUCAUCAUGGAAAUCCUGAAGGUCUACCAGAAGUACAAAGACAAACAAACUGCUGCUCAGUGAUGGGCUUUGGCUGAGACCCAGUGCCCAUGCCCCUAACUGUCCUUCCAGAAUGUAGCUCUCAGAUUGGCUCAUUUCCUACUGUCCCAGAAGCAUUCCUCUCCUAGAGUGUAAUCCACACUGCCCAAAUGUGAAGUCUGUGCUAAGCCCUGCUUUCUUUCUGCUGAGGACCCAUGAAGAGAUACUAUUAGAUAUGCUUAGCAUUUGUUUCCCUUGUCCUGAAUUUGGUUUCCUGGGAUGAAAAGUCAAUGUCAUCUCCAUUUCUGUGUCACCUCCAGACAGCACAGGAAGGUGAGGUGUGCCUGCUCAGAUGACUGAGAACCAGAAGCAAUCAUAUUUUUUCCCCCAGAUGUACUAGAUACAAAAGGCAGAAAUUUUAUUUUUAUACUUUUAUAUUUUGGAAGAAUGCGCAGAUAUACACAUGUAGUGUGCAGAUUUACUUAUACACAUUCUUCGUAACAUUUAGAGUUAUGAAAAUAUCCUUUUGUGCCUUUGCUCAUGGGGAAAUGUGGAGAGGGUCAGAGGAUGCCUUUUUAAUGUUGGCAUUCUGGGAAUCUGAAUUUGAAAUGUUUGUACCUCUGUCUAAAUAUAGCUAUCUUGAGAACUUUCAAGCUUGUAGCAUCCUUGUUUUGGUGUAUAUUUCUAUUUACCCUGUCUUAUGUAUAAUGAAAUCUAACUUCUAAAAGUGAUGGUGUGAACGUGCUCCAAUUUUAGUUCUAGAACCACUCAUAUAUUCUGUUUCUCCAAGCUGUGAUGUGGAAAGAUUCCCCUUUCCACCUCAAAUGCCUCUUGGUAGAAGGUCAGCAUGCUCCAAAUAUGUACGGAUGUUCGGGGAAGCCCAUGAAAACUCAGGUGACUUGUUUGGCCAGGACUGGAUCCUUGAAAACUGCCUAUCCUUCAUUCUGUGGUUGGUGUGGGAAGAACCACAGAGGUCCAAGGAUGAGACUUAGAACUCUGAAUCAGGUGUCUCUCUUUUUCUUAAGAAUGCCUUAAGCCAUCUGAACAUUAGCAAGAUGACAUAAACCUUUAGGUUUGCAAAGUGUUUAUUAGCCAAGCACAAGAGGGCCAGUGGCGUGGAACACAGGUGAAGGCAGCCUGCUGAGCUGGGUCCUUGGAAACAGGGAAAGGUUGUUCUUAUCUUUACCCCACAUUAUAUGUGCCUUGCAGCUGUGUAGGUGUUCAAGGGGUGUCUGGGGAACUGAACACCUACUGUGGGUCAUAGUUGUGCUGGCUUCUCUCUGAUUAGGCAAGUAUGCCUGUGACACCAACAGGGUGGCCACUGGCUGUGGCCCACAGAAAUAGAGUGAUGGUCUGUUCUCUGUUGCUAAGUAACAAGCAGCGCUUAGCAACAGAGAACCAUGCACUUGGACCUGUCACAUGUGUGGUGGACUUGGCAGACUGUAGGUAUGGUGCUAUUUAUGAAAUGGCUGGGGUAUAAACUCGGACAGUGAGCAGGAUAGUUAAAAUAAAGUUUAUUUUGUUCAUUCUC